UAAAUACCAUUUUCUUAUUAUUUAUUGUUAUCAAAACGAAGUAUAAAAAGUUACUUUAUAAAGUUGUAACUUUAGUUUAACUAAUUUGUUUCAUCGUCAUACUAAAUAUGUCUUCACCGCCCCCUACUAAACCCCCUCGGGGUGUAAAACAGGGAAAAGAAACGAGUGGCUUGUUGAUGUCAGUUAUUCGCACAUUAUCUGCAAGUGAAACAAAUGAGCAGAGAGAGAAAGAGAGAGCUAAAUUGGAGAAAGAGUACAAGAAGAGUGAUGCCCGACUCGAUGAGCUGGUGGCUAUACAUGCACAGGAGAUCAUGGAUGUUAUGCAAAAGUUCAGCGCGGUGGGCGCGGCGCUGCAGGCGUGGGGGCGGCGCGGGGACAGCGCCGGGGCGCGGCUGGCGGCCUGCGGCGGCCUGCUGCAGCUGCGGCGCCGCGACCUGCGACGACUCUGGGCCGACGCGCGCACGCACCACCACGCGCUCAACAUGCUCACAGACAUCGAGCGCGUGGUAGUAGCGGAGCGCUCGGUGCGAGCUGAAGUUGCAGCGGGCCGGCCGUUGGCUGCGGCGCACGCGCUGCGGGCCGCACUGCAGGCCGCCGACACCACGCUCGCACACGUGCACGCACUCGCGGCCACGCGCCACCACCUGCAGGGCAAGAAACUGGAGGUGGUCGAAGCGGCAGUGCGCGCCAUCAGCGCGGCCGUGUACGGCACCCGCGCCGCGCCGCGCCCCGCCCCCGCUGCACUUCUAGCAGAGCUUACAAAAAGCGAAGAAGUAACAGACGAGUACCUUCAAGACAUUACUCCGGAAUUCGAAGCAUCUUUGUCUGAAGAAGAUAAAACGUUCGAAACCACGGUGAUGAUAUCGUUAGAGGCGAUAGGUGUACUCGAUCAGCUGAAGGAAGCUACAGAAAAAUUCAAAGUGCAAAUCCAAAAUGAACUCUUGGAAGUGAUCGAUACAGUGACACGUCGUAUAAUCGAAGAAGGCGACGUGGAAGUGGACAUUGAGGGUGAAGAAGACGGCGAGAUACCCGACACGGACAGUGUGACAGAGAUGGGGCGACCGUUGGCUAGACUAAUGACCAGCUUGAAUGAGGAGUUUAGGGAAUGUGCUGCAAGAAAUAAAAGGCUUCUGCAACUAUGGCGAGCGGCACUACAGAAAUAUCAUUUAUCCGAUGCUAGCUUGCACACAGAACAACAUUAUUGGAGUGCAGUGCAGCAAGUUCUGCAGUUGCUGGUGACGGAGUACCUGGACAUCGAGAGCGUGCGGCUGGCGGAGGCGCGCGCGGGGCGCGGAGGGGGCGGCGGGGCGGGGGGCGGGGCGGGGGGCGGCGCGGCGGGCCCCGCGCCCCCCGCGGCCGCCCCCGACCCGCGCCUCGCCGACUACUUCGCACGCAAGCGGCCGCAGCGCCGGCGACACAAACUAUUCAAGCUUGCAGCUACGAGCGAAGUGAGCGUGCUGGUGACGUCACGCCGCCGCGGGCCCGUGGUGUGUCGCGCGGAGCCCGCGCUGCUGUACGCCGUGCUGCGGCCGCUCCACGCGCUCUGUGCGCACAUCGAGUCGCUCGCCGGGGGUGGCGAGUGCUCCCUGCGCGCGUUCCUGUCGGACUACGUGCGGUGGUGCGAGGCGGAGCGGCUGGCGGCGACGGCGCGCGCCGCCAUCGACGCCGCCAUGUGCGCGCCCGCCGCCUGGAGGGAGCGCGCCCCAGAAUGUGGUCGCAGGUUCUCGUACCCGGCGGUGUUCGCGUGCUGCGCGGGCGCGUGGCGCGCCACGUGGGCGGCGUGCGGCGCGGCGCGGCGGUGCGGCGGCGGCGCGCUGGCGGCCCCGCUGGCGGCGGCGGGCGCGCUGGCGGCGCACUGCCGCGCCGCGCCGCCGCGCCUCGCGCCCGCGCUCGCCCCCGCCGCGCCCCCCGCGCCCGCGCCGCCCUCCCGCGCCGCCCGCUGGCUCGCCGACGACGACAUCGUGCGGUUCCUGCAGUCGCUGCCCAACUGGCGCGCGUUGACGACGCGUGCGGCGCACGCCAGGGACAAUGUCGACGCGCAGGAGUUAAAGGAGUCGUACUCGCGCGAGGCGGACACGCUGGUGUCGACGCUGGGCGACGGCGCGGUGACGCGGCGAGAGAUCGUCGCGCACGUGGGCCAGCUCGCAGACCUCGCGCUGCUCGCCGCCACCAUGGACUGGUUAUGCACGAACGUAAAGACGAUACCAUCGUUAUUGAGCGGACCGUCGCCCGGCUCCAGCGGCUCUAUAAAGCUGACCGAUAAAUUCAUCAAUGAUAUCAACUCGACUGCCUUAGUCUUUGAGGAGAUAUCGCACAAGUGCCUGCUCUUCUUGCAUCUAGAGAUGCGCAUCGCGUGCGUACACUACCUCGGGCAGGAGGAGCGCGGCGGGGCGGCGGCGGGCGAGGGGGGCGCGGGCGGGGGCGGGGGCGCGGGCAGCGGCGGGGAGGGGGCCGCGGGCCGCGCCGCCGACCGCCUCGCGCACGCCCUGCUCGCCUUCCACGAGCUCGCCGCGCCCGUGCUCGCGCCGCACAUGCUCGCGUACAUAAUGGACGGCGUGGGCGAGAUGAUGUCUGCGGCGGUGGUGUGGCGCUGGCAGGGGGAGGAGGCGGCGGCCGCGGCCGGCGCGCGCCUCGCGACCCUGCGGCACUGCCUCGCCGCGCUGCAGCUGCCGCACGACGGGCUGCACCGGGCGCACGCCUACCUGCACCUGCUGGCCUGCACGCCGCAGGAAAUAAUAAGCUCGAUACGCGAAAAAGGCGCCCAGUUUACGGAGCUGCAGUACCUGAACGCGUUCAAAGUGAUCGGCACCCGGCUCGGGCUGUCGGCCGCAGACAUGCGCGCGCACCAGGACCGCCUCGCAGCCGCGCUAGGACACGUCGGCGUCACCGUCUGAACCACACUCCACCAAAACCCCCACACUCUAUUUUUUUUUUACUUACUAUGUUUUACGGCUCUGGAUACAAGUCUUUUUGAAAUCAAACUGGUAUUUGGUGGAAUUGUACACACCACAAUACAAUGUUGUUCUUAUGAAUGAUAAUGGAAUGGUGCACCCGCCUGCCCUAACGGUUUACGCUGGCGAAGCACCAGUGGAGAAUGAUAAGCUGAACAUGAGGUAAAGUCAGUUAACUCAUUGUGAUAAAUACAUGGUGAAGUCAGUUUAGUUAGUUCAUUUCCUUGGUGAAUUUAUCACGAUAGUUUCUAGGAAGAACCAUGUGGAGUACCUGACAUGGUACAUUAUUAGUCCACAAUACUAAUAAUCUCAUUCCUCCCGAUGUUAUCGGUUGAGACAUGACAAAAUGGACAUUGAAAUAUCUAUCUUAUACACUAAAUAACAAUAGUAA